AUGUCCUCGUAUCGAUAUCCGGACAGCAACAGAAACGGACGAGACAGGUCGCCGCCAUACCGCGACCGCAGACCUUCCAACUUCGGCGGCGGAUACCCCCCAAGGACUGAUGACACCGUGAGGCCUAACCCCGAGUCGGGUGGUUUCCCGCCGCGAGACGUGCCCCGGGGUCCAAAGUCGCUCGCCGAUGCACCACGUGGCCCUGCUACGGGAGGCCCUCUAGGCGCCCCUCCAACGCCUCGCGAUGGCCGAGGGAGAGGAUUUCCGAGUAGGGGUGAGCCCACGCCUUUGCGAGACGCGCCGCCACUCAGUAGCGGGCCUGCGCCUCCCAUGACCAACACGCACAAUUCCUGGAGGGCUGACCGUGACCGUGACCGAGAUCGUGACCGAGAAUUCGAUCGCGAUCGAAGAGAAAGACGUCCAACUCCACCACCGCGACGCUCGCCCAUUCGAGACCUCCGAGAUGCCCGCGAUCAGAGAGACUUCCCCCCGCGUGACCUCGAUGUCAGCCGGGCCCGACGCAACUCUCGCGACGGCCCACCGUCCGCAGGCUCAACCUUCCCAGACCCUCCCCUGCUUGGCACAGGCUCCUCCUACCGCGGCAGUGGAAUUGGGCGGGGGCGAGGUGGAAGGGACUUUGGCGGGCGAGGGAGACCUUUCCACCCUGACGACCGGGAUCGGCACCACGAUCCGCGUGACCGGCCCCCAGAUCGCUCGUACAGGCCGCGCAGUCGAUCGCCUAUACGACGAGACCGUGAUCUUCGCGAUGAACGCGAGUUUGAUAGGAGGGACCGCGACGACCGGCGGUUUCCAAGAGAGUACGACUCAUACAUCGGCCCUGCCGGCGCUGCAAAGCCCGGGCCGAGAGCGUUGGACACGCACCGCGGCCCCGGACCGCCUGAUUCGCGACACGUGCCAGGAACGCCCACCGGGCCAACCCCGCAUCCUUCGCACCAUGCAUCCCCGGCCGACCGCCUAGGCCCCCAGGUGGACGCUUACUCUCGACGCUCGUCCAUUGCCAUGGACCCAUCUGCCGCCAAGGACUCCCGUCGAGAUCCCGGCAAGGACGACCUCCUGCUAGCGAGCCGCGCAGAGGCAUCCAGAGAGAGGUAUGCUCCGCGUCCCUCGUCGCCGCCCGCUGCAGUCCCGGCCUUUGGAUCUAAUGUCUGGAGAAAUCCCACGCUUGAUGUGAAGCCAAGCUCAUCGGCAGCACUACCUCCUAAAACUGUACAAUCUAGCAACCCAGCUCCAGCUGCACCUGCACCUCCUACUCCAGCAUCUCCUUCUACACUGCCUCCUCCUCCGACACCAUCGGCCCCUGCGCCUUCUGCCACAGCAGCCCCGGCCAUCACAGCUCCUCCAGCGCUGGUUGUGCCUAAGAAUAGCUUGCCUUCUGGCCCCGUCGUUGCACCCACUGGGCCCAAAGCAGACAGGAUCCUAGAUCGCGUUCCCUCCGAGCGACCCAACGUUGAAAUACAAACGCAAGAGACGCGACCAGGACCGAACGGACCUCCGCGUAUGGAUCCGCCCUCGAGUUUACCACCUUCUGUUCCCUCAUCGACCGCCAACGCGCCGGAGACAGAUCGGGCAGAAAUAAAGGGUCUUGUUCCGCGGCCACUUCAUGCACCACCCUACCCAGCACGUCAAGGACCUCCCCCGUCUGCAUCCUCGGCUCCUGCGAAAUCACCUCCACAGGGCCCAGCACCAAGACCGCGCCCACCUCCUACUGCGCCGCAGGCGGCACUUAGGGCUAACGUCUCGCCGUCGUUUUCGAGGACCCCUCUUCCUCCCUACCUCCCAAGGGAUACCUCUUCCAGUGCGAUACCACCUCCGCCACAGGGACCCCGCAGUGGCAGUGGCGAUGCUUCUAUCAAUGCAUCACCAAAGAGUUUGCCAGCUAACAUUCCGACUGGACCCAAGGCUGAUAGGACACCAAUGGCACCGCGGCCACCUCCACCCUAUGCACCAUCUGAGAGACCCGUGUUUAACGCCCCGAGAGCUCCCAUGGGUGGUGGACCGAAAAGUAUGCAGUGGGUACGACCAGGCCUCAUACCGAAUAGACCCAGUGUCCCUACAAAGCGAGAGCUGCCAAUGGAAGACCGUGAACGGACGUUCGGAACAGCCCCGAAAGCACCAAAGCUCGAAUUUCCUAGCUCUACUGUCCAUCCACAGCAUGCACAGCAGGCUCAGUUUGGUUCCUCUUCGUAUUUUCGCACGUCUAGCGGCAUGGACCGGCCGAGGGGACGGGCUGCAUCCGCAGAAAGAUCCAUGGCCUCUUCUCUGAAACCUGUGUCGAUUGAAACAAGACGGCACUCUGAUGUAGUCAUGGCAGAAGCCUCCCCUCGCCCCAUGCAGCCACCCAUGUCAGCUGCAUCAUCUGCGCCCGAGGCAAUGCAAGAUUCUGAUGAUGAUCUCGACCUCGACGAAGACGAUUUUGCCGAAUCAGAAGCAAAGUACAACAGAGACAAGGCACGACUUGAAGCCAAGCUUGUGGAUCUUAGUGCGCCACAUCUGCGCGCGACUACCCCUCUGCAAGAGAUCAUAUUGUUGUCGUGCGUCACCGCCGACCAUCUGCCGGCUCCAUACGAGGAACUCGAGCAGGAUGCUGUAAAGAGGGAAGACGUACCGCGUCCAACAGCAGUUCCCGUUGCGUCACCCGUCCAGUCUCCUGCUGUGCGCAACCCAGUAGAACUCUUAACGCCCAAUGCCGACGAAUCGGACAACUAUGCGACGGAAAAGAGGGCUGAACGCUCAAUUGCGCCAGCAACAGCGGCACUUCGCCUACGACGUGAGGCUUCAAAGGAACCAGAAGUGCUGCUCGAUCUUACGGGUCUUCCGUACCUUGGCUCUGGCCCGCCCACCCCGCUGUCUGACAUUGAGCAGGAUCGGCCGGGACUCCCCGACGCUAUCAAGUCCAACAUGCUCAAGUUGUAUCAAAGAGCCAUCCGGCCUGAGCUGAACGAAGAAGACACGCUACGUCAAUAUGCCGCAAAGUACAAGCAGUGGCGUCUCUCUAUCCGCCAAUGGGAUGAUGAACGUGAACAGGACGAGCAAGAAAGACAGCCGUCAGCCGAACCCAGUUUAAAGGCUACCACACCGGAUGUCCAAAGCUCCACGGUCGGUACACUGCUCGAUGUUCCGGGGCCCACGGGCCGUCGUAGCCACGCCAGUCGCUGGGCUACCGAACUGGACUUGGAGGCAGUGAUCAAAGAAUCUCUGAAGACUGCCGAAGAGGAAAGGAUGGGAAAACAAGAUAGCGAGCCAAAGAGGAGCAUGGCCGACCCUGAGAAGGAAGCUGAUCUUCCAUUGGAACUCAGCGAGGCUGAAGCACAACGACGGAAUUUUGUCGAUACGAAUUUUCAGCGUGAACCAGGACAGGGCAUCUUCGCUUUCCACUACGAGCCACCAGAGGACGAUUUCACGUUGGACGAACACCGGGUUAUGGUGGCGAAUUACAGAGAUCAAUAUGCCAAAAAGUGGGGCAGGCUCGCAGAGAUCCUGUACAGAGAGUGCGGUACCGAGCGAACCUACAAAGACUGCAUCAAUCACUACUACGCCACUAAGUGGGCCAGAGAGUACAAGGGUAAAGUCAGAGGUAGACGUGGAGGCGCACGAAAACGAGGUGGGGGUACUGCACGUGGACGCGGAGCUAUCGUAAACAUGGAACGAUCUGAAGCUGCAGGAGAGGAUGGCCUCCCUCUUCCCGUCACCGAAACCGGACGACCUCGACGCUCAGCGGCGCCCACGUUUGGUGGCAUGGAGGCCGAUUUCGAUCCAACGGCUGCCAUACCCACGCAAGGCCGAGUCCGCCGGCAGACUGAUGCAGAUGGCAACCCAGAGAAAGCCAGCAGACGAAGCAAGGCCAACAAGGAGAAGGUAAAAAAGGUCAAGAAUCCCACUCUUGUGGCAGCUCCAUCUGUAUCCCCUGUCAAGCCUGACCGCAAAGAAAAGGUUCCAGGAGUCAAAGCGGAAGACGAAUUUGGGAAACGACCUGUUGUGGAGAUGCCCGCACCGAUUCACGUUAGUCAGCAUGAGGAUCGAAUGGGUGAGCCUGCACUGUCAAGUUUUGUAGGCGGUCAUGUUGAACUUCCGUCACUUCCAGGAAGUAUGCCUAUCGGCAUGAUGGAGCGGCAGAAGGCGCAACCCAACGCCAGGCCUGGUCCCUCCAGCUACUGGUCCGUAUCCGAACUGCAGGAUUUCGAAAAGAAUGUCGCACACUUUGGCACAGACUGGAUCGGGUUUGCCAACCACAUGGGCACAAAGACGCACAUCAUGAUCAAGAACCAGUACCUACGCAUGGUUGAAGGCGGAAAGUCAGAGCUCGAGCAAGCGGCGAAGGACGCUGAUGCGAGAAGGGAGCGGGGCGAUGACCUGGGGCCGCCGCCGACGCCGACUCCUGCGCCUAAGAGACGUUACGAGAGCACGCAGAGUGUACUUCCUCGCAAUCUCGCGCCGGCCGAGCAAAACCAAUCUCCUCUUCUCAGCCAUGUCAACUUGUCGAGGAACUCACCUCCUCAAACCGCUCAUUCCACCCUCUUCUUGCCCCAAGCUGCCGCCGGCCAGGUGAAGCCGCCUGUGCCCUCCAGCUCUGCAUUCUCUCCGCUGCCAGAGACACCUUUGGCAUCUGUGCCUUCAAUGGCGCAACACCACUCGCCACCUGCCCAGUUGCCGAGAAGUCAACCGCAACAUCAUCUUCAACACAACAUGUCUCAGCACAAGCCGCAUCACAACGGUCCUCGAGCUGGGUACUUUUCCGAGGAUUUGCAUCCGCGUAUCGAGAACCGAAUGUCAUCGCAAGCGUCCUUUCAUCAUCCCGCGCGGGCCAUGCAGUCACACGUGGCAUCGCAGAUACGCAAUCAAGAGCAACAUCAACAGUCUGGAUUCCGUGGUUUGAGCCAUCAAGAGCGGGAGAACUUGGCCAGAUCUGAGCUUCAACAAGAGCAGGAGCACCGGUUCCAAAAACAGCAACAUGCGCGGCGAAUCUCCCAGGAGAUGCACCAUCAAAGAGCAUUCCCUCCUGGUGGACCCCCGCCACUCAUGCCUCCUGUCCGUUCGAACUCGAUAGCAAAAUCACCCGAACACCGGCCAAUGCCAUACUCGCACUCUCGUCAGGUCUCACAGGCUCAGGCCAUGACUCAGCCGCCGUCAGACGUCAUGUCUCAAGCCCAUGGCAUUUUCUCGGCCGCGCAACAGCUGCCGUCGCGUUCUUCCAUUUCCACUCCGCCGGUAAAGGAAGAACCAAGGUAUGCUCCACCGUCGGCCAUUCCACAAGCUCAGCACACGCCCGUUCUGCAGUCUCAGCACCAAGCUCGACCCUCGUUCAGUCAGCCUGCUAUGCAAAGCGGACCACCUCCGACCGUUUCCAAGCCUGCCGCGCCGCCUAGGAAGUCCAACCUGUUGUCUUUGCUCAACGAUCCCGAACCGGAAGAACCCACACGGAAGAAGCCUACCGAGCAGGGACCUCCGUCGCACAGCACAACACCUUCGCAACAGACGUCCAUCGCGCCCCCACCGACUUCUUCCCAGGCGUCUGGGUCGAGACGCGAUAUGUUUGGGGAUAGUGCCACCACGCAGCCUCCUUAUGGUCGGUCUUCCUAUGUGCCGCAAAGCUCGAUGCCUUCCUCUACUGCCAAUAGGUCUAUUGAUCUAACUAGUGAGCAAACGCCAGGGAGCAGACCUGGUGGUCGGGAAGGCUGGCAGCAGCAGCAACAACGGCAACAGUUUCAUCCUGCCCAUAGCCAGGCGCAACAGUCUGCAGGGCUUCCGACUUCUCACCCUGGCUUACCUCAACCCGCAUUCAACGAUUCAAGGUUGUUCGGCAAUCAUCGCUCGGUCUUCGCUCAGCACAAUUCGCAGCGGCACAAUCCAUCACCGCCACCCAUGGCUACGUACGCCAACUCGCCUCACCUACACUCCCGCACUCCGAGUGUAAGUGGGGCACCUGGACAAUCUUCACGUCAUAGCAUGCAGGGUACUGGUUCUGCUCAGCAUGCGCAGGCUGCGUCAGCUGCGUCCAGUCAGAUUCUCCAACCGAAUCCGUAUGCUCAAGUUGAUCCUCCUGGGGCUGGUGCUCCACCCUCGGGUCCAAUGGGUAUGCGACCAAGUCCUCAUCUGCGCACCAGCCACAUCGCUCAGCAAAGGGAGAUGACAACUCGCAACGAACAUGCACAGGCUCAGAACCCAGGCCUGACUUAUUCGAAUCCUCCCACGCCGAGUGAGCAUCCCGCCCAUCAAUCAAUGCGAGGUCCAGGUAGCAUGACAGAACAGUUUCGUGGGCGGGAUCCUCGAGACCUCCACCACGAUCUCGAAUCCCUUAACUCGGAUCGUGAUACCAGUCGAGAGCUUUCCCAGCGAACAGAGUAUCUUCGAGAGCAACUAGCCAACCCACACCUACGCUCCACCCCGAUACACGAGGAUCUGCGCUACCAGCCGCAGCAGCAGGAUCGUGGCUACCUUUCUCAGCGCUCGCAUACUCCACUCUCGAGAAACGAUGGGCAACAACCUCCCCCACUGCAACACCCACCUCACUCAUCGUUGGGUGCGAACAACCACCCUCUGUAUGGUCAACGUCUCUCAGAGGAACCGUCGCGAUUCUCACAGUCUUUCCCUCGUGACAGAGGGAUCGCCGAUCGCAUUCGUCAAGAAUCAGCCCAGCAACAACAGGCUGCACUCAACAGGGAAGAACAAAUGCGACGAGAAAGUCAGAUGCGGGAGCAGGAGAUGCGCGAGCGCGAGCGCGAGCUUAGGGAUCGGGAGGCUCAUUUCCGCGACAGCCUGAUGAGAGGCAACGUGGGACCGUAUGGAAGAGGACCAGGCUCUGAGCAAAGGCAGCCGCCUACGGGACCCAAUGGACAUAUGGAUUGGGCCAACAGCGUGCGACCGCCGCAACGGGAUGGAUGGCAGCGAUAG